ACCUCCGUUGAGUAUGCAGGCGCAGAUGUCAUGUGAAAACCCGCAUGCUCGCCCGUCUAACCGCACAACUCAACCGUCCGACCACCGUUCAGACCGGCACGCUGCUAUAUGUUCUGUUUGAAGCUGCCUACACGCUCUGGAAUGCUUUUUUCGCAGACAUCAAGAUCUCUAACAGCCACCCCAUCUAAACUUUUUUGCCGAGGAUCUUGCUUUUAUAAUUCUUUAUGUUUGUUUCUUCAUGACUGCUGCGUUAGGGAGCGCGUCGGCACCACUAUCAUGCGAGCCCAAAUUGAAGUUAUACCAUGCAAAAUCUGCGGGGACAAGUCAUCAGGGAUCCACUAUGGAGUCAUCACAUGUGAAGGAUGUAAGGGCUUCUUCAGGAGAAGUCAACAGAACAACGCUGCAUACUCCUGCCCGCGGCAGCGCAACUGCCUGAUCGACCGGACCAAUCGGAACCGAUGCCAGCACUGUCGGCUGCAGAAGUGCCUGGCGCUGGGCAUGUCCAGAGACGCGGUGAAGUUUGGCCGCAUGUCCAAGAAGCAACGCGACAGUCUGUACGCAGAGGUGCAGAAGCACCAGCAGCGUCUGCAGGAGCAGCGGCAGCAGCAGACGGGUGAGGCUGAGGCGCUGGCACGCGUCUACUCCAGCGGCCUCACCAACGGCCUGGGGGCGCUUAACCACGAGCUGGCCGGUGCCUACGCUAACGGACACCUCAUCGACAUGCCCAAGAAUGGCCAGAACGGCAUUGGCGGUGGCGUCCCCAACGGGCCGGCCGGCGGGUUCUACGGCAUGGACUCGACCCAGCCUUCGCCAGACCAGUCGGGUCUGGACAUGGCCGGCAUGAAGCAGAUCAAGCAGGAGCCCGUCUAUGACCUAACGCCUGUGCCCAACCUCUUCAGCUACGGGGCCUACCAGGAUGGCCAGCUCACGCCGGGAGUCUCUAUGAGCGAGCUCGAUCGCAUUGCUCAGAACAUCAUAAAGUCUCACUUGGAGACUUGCCAGUACACGGCUGAGGAGCUGCAGCAGCUAGCGUGGCAGACGCACUCCUACGAGGAGGUCAAGAUGUACCAAAGCAAGACGCGAGAAGCCCUGUGGCAGCAGUGUGCGAUUCAGAUCACCCACGCCAUCCAGUACGUGGUAGAGUUUGCCAAGCGCAUCACAGGCUUCAUGGAGCUCUGCCAGAACGACCAGAUCCUGCUCCUCAAGUCAGGGUGUCUUGAGGUGGUACUGGUCCGAAUGUGCCGGGCAUUCAACCCUCUCAACAACACUGUGCUGUUUGAGGGGAAGUAUGGCGGCAUGCAGAUAUUCAAAGCACUAGGCUGUGACGAUUUGGUGAGUGCAGUCUUUGACUUUGCCAAGAGCCUGUGUUCUCUACAACUGACAGAGGAGGAGAUAGCGCUCUUCUCGGCAGCCGUCCUCAUUUCCACAGAUCGGCCAUGGCUGAUGGAGCCUAGGAAGGUCCAGAAGCUCCAGGAGAAGAUCUACUUUGCUCUGCAGCACAUCAUGCAGAAGAACCACAUGGAUGAGGACGCUCUUGCCAAGCUCAUUGGCCGAAUCCCCACGUUGGCUGCCCUGUGCACGUUGCACACCGAGGAGCUGCAGGCCUUCCAGCAGCUCCACCCUGAAACGGUCAAUGCCCUUUUCCCCCCACUCUACAAGGAGCUCUUCAAUCCCGACGCCACUGCCGUCCUGCCCAAGUGAUCCCCUCCCCUCCCCCCUCUCACUCACAGUAAAGGGGUGAGGAGGGAGGUGGGAUGGGGUGGGGCGGUCAUCGCUAGAGGUCCACGAUCCUCGGCGCGAGCUGGGUCAUAACUGGACCAGACUGGACUGCCCUGAGGCACUGGCGGGAUAGAGGGAUAGAGAGGGGAAAAAGAAGAAGGAAAAGAAGAAGGAAAAGAAGACGACGAUAUGAAACCCUGACCCAGCCCGUUCGCUACAGCACCAGAACAGAACAACAGCAUCCCCGGCAUCUCCAGCCGCUUGUACGGAAAAACAAACACUAGGAAUGUCCUGCACUUAAAUCCGAUCCUAUUCACCGAUACAGUUUAAAGAAUGUAUAUAGGCACCCACAACAGGAGGGGCUUUUCCAGAACUGACCAGAAAAUGUACAGACUUUAGAGCCAUUUUAAACUGUCUUUUAAUUGGGUAAGUUGUAUUGUUUCUUUGACAUCUCUUUUUUAUACAUUAUUGUGAUAUUAAAAAGAGGGAGAGGGUUGAAUUCAAGAAGCUAAUAUAGUUUUUCUCUAGUACAGAGCGGUACUCCAGUAUUACUUGUUGUUCUGUUCAUAUUUUAGUCCUAAUUUAAAAACAACGGUAGCCUAAGAGGCUGGUGACUUGUCUCUGUGUUUCUUGCUUUUUUGUUCAGUAAUUGUAUGUGUACAGACUUUGUGUUGCGGCUUCGAAAGACUAAGGAGACAAGAGGGGAAAGAUGUAGAUUGCUGGUUGGGAACAUGGAAAAGCCUUGUCUGGGCUCUGUAGAUAUGUAUAGUUGGUACCACUUUGAUGACCAUAGGAAAGGAUGUAAAGGAUUUUUAAAGUAAAUGAAGACAUUUUUUCCCCUAUGGAGAUAUAUAAAGAUAUUAUAUAUAUUUUACAAAACAUAAAGGAUUAUGGCAGAUUACCAUCAUUUCAAUCAAUUAAUGGUGGUAGUAAUGACAUCUAGUAAGACAACUGCUGCUUAACAAUCAUGACCUAUUUGCAUAACAUUGAAGGACCUCAGUCUUGAUGCUGUCUCUUCACCCUCUUUAUGUCCCGUUGCCCCGUCAGAAAAAUCAGUGACUUGCAGUGCCACUGGACACAAGCCUCCAAGCUUAAACUUGACAUAGCGAACAUAUUCAAUGGCAGAUCACUGAAAUGUUUUGCACAUAGUUCAAUUUUGAUCUCAUCUUGCGCUACUUAAAAGAUAACGAUUCUUACUUAAAGCAAUAAUAUUGAGAAUAACAAUACUUACUGUCUAUCUUCAUAGUAGUCAUACACACAUACAUGAGUCUCAAUACAGCAUUUUUAAGGUUGGAUACAGUAAGAAACUGUAGCACAAUAAGAAGUUUGCGUGUACUGUUUACAAGUACUGUAAGGCUUCUUUUUUUCAUCCACAAUCUCCUGUCAUUCAUCUAAUGUGACAGACAUGGAAAUUAUAUUUUUAAAAUUGAAAUGUAUAAAUAUAAUAUUCAAAUGAUUUCCACAGCAUAAUUAGGUUAGUCCUGCAAAACUGUCCACCAAGGGCUGCCCAAUGGAAUCUAUUUAUGUAUUCAUGGACGCAGUCGACCAAAUAAGAGUGUGAGCUGUUUGCUUCUGAGUGGUGAUGGAGUAUUGGCUAUCCGUAGCAUUCCUGCUGCCCAUUCGCAGUUUGUUUGGAUGAGCUGCUCCUGAGAGCAAUUUUCUAUGCACGCACCUACAUCAGUCGGUCAGGCAAGUGCAGGCUGGACACCCUACUGUGGAAUACCCAUAGUCAUAAACAAUUUUCAAUAAAGAAAACUGAUAUCCUAAGGGGCACUCCAAGAGACAUUCCACAUUGAGACAAUGUUGAGAUGCAAGGGACAAAGAACACUAUACUAUGAGCUUCUGCAGUUUACAGUGGCAAUAUAUUUCUAAUUCUCUCCUUAUAGUAAGCUGUGAUAGACAAUCACUUAGUAACCAUACUCUGUAUUAUUUAUUUAAUGUUAGUAAUACAAUAUUUAACUGAAGUUUCUUUGCAUGUGUGUGAAAGCAUUUCUGGAUAAUGCAAUAGAACUGCUGUACACUGUGGCCACCAUGAAGAACUGCUUUUAGUCCCGGGACAUUCGUUUUGUCUUGGCAGAGGGGAGCGCUAGGUUGUUCACCUAUGUUCUCUCGUGUUGGAUUUACUUUUCUUUUUUCAGUGAAGGCAAAUGGUUGGGUCAGAGCCCAGUUGACAGGCCGUUAGCGCAACAGCAGCACAUGGUUUAAAAAGCACUAAAUCCUACCAGUAGAGAGUGUGGCUGUGAGGAUAGUUGUUAUCUGUGGAAGAACACAGGGGAGGCUGAUGAGAAGAGCUGUCCUUAAAUUUAGAUUUUUCAAGUUUUUCUCAACUUGAUUAUUUAGUUAUUGCAUGGUGUAUUCGUUGAGAAGCUUAGCCCACUUAAGGCACACAUACAUGUUCAAAUAUAUCAAGAAAUGUUUAUAUUGAAAUGAACAAUUAUGCAAUUUGAGAUGUACUUAAUAUGAAGGACAAUGGGACACCAUUACGAAGGAAGUACAAUAACUUGUAAUUUACAAUUGUUUGAGCCAUUGACUUGAUCUUGAAUGACGUUUUGUUUUACUUUAUUCGUUUGGGCAACAAGCCACUCCACAUGUGAAACCAAGAGCAGACAAAUCUCACAGCCUGUGUCAAGAAACAUCCUGGAGAAAGUCAGUGACCUGUUAAAAAAGACAAUCACCUCUUGAUGCACUGCAAAGCAUCUGUCUCAGGGAAUUCUCUUUUAUUAUUUUGAAAAAAAGAGAGAAAUAUUUUAAAAUAUGAACAUUUUGGGAAAAUAAAAAAAAUACUUGGCAAAAAAAACAAUGUUGAAUACCCAGACAAGGCUUAUGUGGUAUAUGUAUGUUUGUGAGUGUGUCUGUGUGUGUACUGGUCUAGGUGGACAUGCUGAAUUCACUGUCUGGAUAUGGUCUUUUACCCCACUAGCUCAGUGUAAAUAUCAGUUUUAUGGCAUAUAAUAUAAAUAUUAAACACUUAACACGGGAGAUCCACAUUUUUGCAUUCUGAAGAGACCAUUAAAGGCUGCUGUCAGUUUUUAAGUUAGAAUAUAGACUAUACAGUGUGCCGAUAAGGCCGUUCAGUUAUCACGUGCAAACGAAAGACAGUGGAUUCAGCUAAAAUCUAAUUUCCUUAUUAAGUGGAUUGUUUUUGUUUUCUAUUUUUGAAAAAAAUUGACUGUGAACUGAGGAAGGGGGGACAGUUGAACGCUGUUAGAUACUGUAGCAAUAACUGAAAGCAUUUACUACUGUCAUGUUUUGCAUUCUAAGAUUAUUUUUUAAUUUUAUUAUUAUUAUAAUUAUUAUUAUAUGACUAUUAGCGUAUUGUUGUUCAGUUAUCUUUGCAUGCUGUUUCAUGACGCCAAGAUGUUUGGGGGCUUUUGUGUUUCUCACGUGACGCAGCGGGUGGGAACGGGGUGGGGAUAUUUUAAUCUGAAUGUUACCGGGUAGUGUUCAGUGUGUGCUACUGAAUGCCUCUUGCCCCACUCACAAUACCCACAAACACUCACACACACACACACACACACACAGAAAAAUACAAUAGACAAUCAUUGAGCACUGGGAAAUUCUGAUAAACUGCAAAAGUUUAAAAGGAGAAAAUUGGUACUGAUUGAUCACAUUCCAUUGAGGGAGACAAUAUUGAGAUGAAAUUGACAUACCACAGCCCUUGUAUUUUACCUUCUGCGCUACUAAUUGUAUAGCUCUCUAUUGGUAAGCCUAGAGUGAACACAAAAAGGGUUAUCUCCCAGCAUUCCGGCCUCCCUGUGGUGUCUUGUGGGUAAUUUGAGCGGAGCAUCUCAUUUCUCAUUUCUUUGGAGUCGGGGGAGCACUCCUCAUUCAGCCUACCUGAGGCAGCAAUCAGCACGUUCCUCCCACUCUGCUCUUGGUUAUGCUAAUGUUUUACUCUCUUAAGCGACACACAUGCAUCACUGUUUUCACACAGACACCUGAAGAGUGUGUGUGUGUGUGCACAGGAGGCCUAGACUCUUCGUCCUACUCCUGAUAUUCAGAGUAAAAAUAAAAUAAAAAAAAAAAAACAGAAAAAACUCAUCGCAUAUUAUAUGCAUUCAAGUGAAAAUGACAGUAAUAAUUCCUGUUUAUUUAUAAAUUAGAAUGUGUCUGCCUCCCUGGAAGAAAAGUUUAAAGUAGCAUCUGUUACCAGAACCCCUAAAAAGGUACUUAGGGUACAGAGUUUUUGUUGUUGUUAUGUACUAAUAAAAAAAAGAACAAGAAUUUUUUUCCAAGUGCCAUAGCUAGACUGUUGAGAAGCUGAAUGGCCAGCCGGGAUAGAUGCUUUACUGCAUAUGUUUACUUGAGAACCAAUCAGAAGUGGGAAUUCAGAAAGUGGGCGUUAAUAUAAAUGAAAUCAAAUUGUUUGUAUUUCUUGGUGAGCUGGCUGAGACUGACGGUGAACUUUGAUGCAUCCUUAUGUCCACAAAGCUCCAUUAAAUGUACCAGAGAGUGAGAAAUAAUUGCCAAGCUUGACUGUGUGUAUCUGUGUGUAUCUCUGUGUGUGUGUGUGUGUGUGUGUGUGUGUGAAAGAGAGAGAAAGAGAUGGUGUGUUUGCAAGUACUUAGGGGUGAUAAUAUUUGAAUUCCCAGCUUUGUGGAGAGGGUUGGGUGAAAGUUCGAAGUCAGUCAAAGUCUUAAAAGUGUCUCCUCCUUCAAGUUGUACAUAUUAAGUGAAGGACUGAAGUGAUUUUUUGUUAAAUUCUAUAUUUUAUCGCUUUUGUAGACAAUUCUUUGUGGGAAAAAAAUAAACAUUUUAUGGAUGCA